AUGGCGAUCAAAGAAGAUAAACAUGUAAAACUGAUGUUUAAUAGGAUUCAGAAAAUGCCCCAAGUAAAUGCUGCUGAGUUGUAUGUAAGUUUGGAGGCACUUGUAGACAACACUACUGAGGUGGUGCAACAAACAACUACGGCUUUACAAUUUACAGCCCUAGAUGAUGGAUGCACUACAAUGGGAGGGUAUACAAUGGGAGGUUAUACGCUCCCAUCUCAAGAUCAUGUUGCCAAUACUAGUGAAACCCUCUAUCCUCAAGAGACACAUUUAGAGGAGGAAGACGAAGACGAAGACGAAGAUCAUGCUGUGAAUGAUGGUGAAAAUGUUGAGGUUGUGGAUGAGUACGAAGAGAAGAUUGAGCAAGGCGACUUUGAGAACGAUGUGGAUGACCAUGAAGUCGUUCCCAAUUUUGAAGAGGAAAAUAUGGAGUACCAUGAUAAAGGUGAUGCAGAUGAUGAUAUUGGUGUCCAGCAUAAUAGAAAUACGACCACUGGUUACAGACCUCCUGCUGACUCAUUCUACGCAAAUACUUGGAAAUAUAUGGAUUCAGGUACCCAGUACAGCUAUCACACCAUACCUAGGCCAUACGAAGGUACCACGUUACUGCGCUAUGUAUAUUGGGCAUUCGCUCCAUGCAUUGCUGCAUUCCAAUAUUGCAGGCCAGUGAUUAGUAUUGAUGAGACUCAUCUGUAUGGUAAAUACAAGGGGGUAUUGAUGAUUGCAAUGGCAACCGAUGCUAACCAAAAGGUUUUGCCUCUUGCCUUUACUGUUGUGGACAAGGAGUCAGGGCCUAGUUGGGGGUGGUUUUUAGAGUGUCUCAGGACUUCCAUAAAGCAUGUCAUACCUAACGAUGACAUUUGCAUUGUUUCUGACCGACAUAAAGGUAUCAAAUGUGCCAUUCGAGAGUGGCCUAGAGGUGAGGAUGGAAGAGAACAGGUAUAUCACCGAUAUUGCCUUCGACAUGUUGCUAGCUUCAACAGACACUUUGAUAACCCGACUCUAAAGGCAUUGGCCUUGAAAACUGGAUAUGCGACUCAUGAAACUAAAUUUGAGUCCAUAAUGCAAACCAUUAAGGAGGCCGAGAUUAAUUUACUGAGGGGUGUAGACCCUACUGAUUGUCGGAUUGAACGUUAUAUGCCAUACACAUAUCUAGUGAGUGAGGAUGUGGAGAAAUGGACCCAGUCACAUGAUGGUGGAAGACGUUACGGGGCAAUGACAACCAAUAUCUCUGAGUGCUUUAAUGGGGUACUUAAAGGUGCCCGCGGUUUGCCCAUUGCUGCAAUGGUUGAGUUCACUUGGUGUAAACUUGUUGCAUAUUUCCAUGAUAGACAUAAACAAAUUACUUUUGAUCUCUCUCGAGGACACACUGUGAGGAAUUUUAAUCAUGAAGAGGGUGUAUAUCAAGUGGUUACCCCGUACAACGACCAUAGAGGUGGAGGGGGAAACCACAGUCAUGAAGUGCGCAUAUUUGCUAGAACAUGUGGUUGUGGAAAGUGGCAAAACUUGAAGAUCCCUUGUUCACAUGCAAUUAAAGUUCUUCAAGGUCUGCAUCUCAAUGCGACCAGCUAUAUUGACCCAUGUUACAGUUUGAACAACGCCAUUCUCACAUAUUCACAUAAUUUUGUGGUGCCAAAGUCAGAAUCAUUGUGGAGGGACAUUUGCAGACCACGAUGGGUGCCUGACCCACAGUUGUUGCGGGGCAUAGGUCGUCCUGUGAAGUCAAGAAUAAGGAAUGAAAUGGAUGGGGUACGGCGAGAACAGGGAAGCCGGAGGGAAAAUCCGGACUUGAGGGAGAUUCAACCGAGGCAACAAUGCAGAGUGUGUCAUCAAGAGGGGCAUAACCAUAGAAGCUGUCCCAAUUCUCGUGGGGCUUCGACAAGUGGUAGUGCUAUAAACUAG